AUUCAAGCUCCACCUUCAUUUUGCAUUAUGCAAAUUAGCCAAUUGGUUGGUGGCAACUAAGUGAUGCCGCCUGCCCUUCUGGUCCACUUUCCUCUAGUGGUCUUCUCUUCCACACUCCCCUCAAAUCACAUUCCACCUGCUGAAGUGACGCUGCCGUCAGAUACUGCAAGCAAACAUGGCUUCGACUGGAUCGUUCCGUGUGGUGUCAGAGGACGAGCAGGCCAUGAGAUCCAAGCUGGAGCAUCUGACAGUGAAGGAUCACGGGCCUGUGUUUGGACCAUGUCACAAAAUGCCGGGCCACACUAUACAAAAGGCUAAGGAUGAGCUGAAUGAGACAGAGGAGAGGCGGGCACUGUCCCUCAAGGACCUGCGAGGUAUGAUGAAAGAGAGGGCAGCCGAAGGAGAUGACCUGGCCAAAUUGGUGCUGGAGCGUCUCGGCGAUAAACCCGACGCUCUGCUCCUGCGCUUCCUCCGAGCCCGCAAGUUUGAUGUUGACAGGGCCCAUGAACUCAUGAAGGGUUACGUGCGUUUCAGGAAGGAGUACCCCGAGUUGUUUGAGAACCUGACGCCCGAGGCGGUCCGCAGCACCAUUGAGGCGGGCUACCCUGUGGUUCUGCCCAGCAGGGACAAGUAUGGUCAUGCAGUCCUGCUUUUCAACAUUGAGAACUGGGACCUGGAGGAGAUCACCUUUGAUGAGAUUUUAAGAGCGUACUGCGUGAUCCUGGAGAAGUUGCUUGAGAAUGAAGAGACCCAGAUCAAUGGCUUUGUCCUGAUUGAGAAUUUCAAGGGCUUCACCAUGCAGCACGCCUCAGGAAUUAAGCCUGCUGAGCUCAAGAAGAUGGUGGACAUGCUUCAGGAUUCGUUCCCGGCUCGUUUCAAGGCGGUCCACGUCAUCCACCAGCCAUGGUACUUCACCACUACAUACAACAUGGUCAAGCCUUUCAUGAAGAGCAAGCUGCUGGAGAGGGUGUUUGUCCACGGGGACGAGCUGGACAACUAUUUGAAAGAAUUUGAUGCCGACAUCCUGCCUGCAGAUUUUGAUGGGAAAGCUUGCGUGGCGGACUGCCAGGCCAUCGCCGCCAGGCUCUUUGGCUCUGAGGACACAGCUCUCUGAAGGAGGAAGGUCCUUCGUCUUGGACCAUCGAUGAUCAGACAGGCACCCUGUUGUGAAGCUAUAGGACAAUCUUUUUUUCUUUUUAAUCGGUAAGGAAGUGCUGAGCACAUAGGUAUUUAGAUUUAGCAGAAGGAGGCUUAAGGUGAUAAUUAAAAUGGAUGUUUAGAUUUUGGGAUGAGCAGUUAAUAUUUUGGAGGUGGUGCGUUUGAUAGUUUCCUUUAAAACUGGAACAGAAUUUGUGCCUACAAACCUGUCAGAUGAAUGCUAUCAGAAAACGAAACAGUUACAAUGCAGGACAAGCUAAAGAGUGACAUGUUAUAAAGUUAUAAGUUAAUCUGUAU